CUGUUCUCCAAAUUUGGGAAGUGUCAGGCCGGGAGGGGCGUGGGGUUGGCCGGGUUUGGUGUGCGCCUGCGCCGAUCGCCUGGACAGGGUGUGUUCCUCCUCUCAGAACCUGGUUUUGGCUGACCGAGUGCACCUCUCGCCACCCGAGUUUCCCCUACAGGCUCCCAAGCACAGCCGCCAGCUGUUGCCCUCUGUGAACAUGUCUAAGUCACUGAAGAAGCUGGUGGAGGAGAGCAGGGAGAAGAACCAGCCGGAAGUGGACAUGAGUGACAGGGGCAUCUCCAGUAUGCUGGAUGUCAACGGCUUGUUCUCCUUGGCCCAUAUCACACAACUGGUGCUCAGUCAUAACAAGCUAACAACUGUGCCCCCAAAUGUAGCAGAGCUGAAGAACUUGGAGGUGCUUAACUUCUUCAACAACCAGAUCGAGGAACUGCCCACCCAGAUCAGCAGCCUUCAGAAGCUGAAGCACCUGAACCUGGGCAUGAACAGACUGAACACACUGCCUCGAGGAUUUGGCUCUCUCCCGGCUCUGGAGGUCCUGGACUUGACUUACAACAACCUGAAUGAACAUUCUCUCCCCGGAAACUUCUUCUACCUCACCACCCUGCGUGCACUCUAUCUAAGUGACAACGAUUUUGAAAUCCUGCCUCCAGAUAUUGGGAAGCUCACGAAGUUGCAGAUACUCAGCCUCAGGGAUAAUGACCUGAUCUCACUGCCUAAGGAAAUCGGCGAGCUCACCCAGCUGAAGGAGCUCCACAUCCAGGGGAACCGCCUGACUGUUCUGCCUCCAGAGCUAGGCAACUUGGAUCUAACUGGUCAGAAGCAGGUCUUCAAAGCAGAGAACAACCCCUGGGUCACCCCAAUUGCUGAUCAGUUCCAGCUUGGUGUUUCCCAUGUUUUUGAAUAUAUCCGUUCUGAGACCUACAAGUACCUCUACGGCAGACACAUGCAGGCGAACCCAGAACCCCCAAAGAAGAAUAACGACAAAUCAAAAAAGAUCAGCCGGAAACCCCUAGCAGCCAAGAACAAAUAAGGAGAAGACACUCUGGACUCCAGCCUCCUCUCUGAAUCUCCUGGCCUUCCUCGCUCUGUCUCACAAAUCAGUACAGUGUGCCUGUGCCUACUUAAAAAAAAAAAAA